GUGAUAUCGGAUAGCCUACAUUUUGAAGUGACACAGUACGAGCAUGUAGAUUACGGAUUGCUUCGUUUUUUCGGAUUUCCACCAACUGGAUUUCUGCUGAUUAGUCGAUAUGAAGUCAAGUACUGUCUUAUCCGACGAAAAGCUCAUUGUGCUUUCUUCAAUCUACGUUUCGUCGCUUUGUUUAAGUAUAAUUGGAAGCUUCUCUGUUCUAGUGGUAACAGCUGUUAAGAGAAGACAUCUCAUUGAACAAGCUAAACCUUUGUUCCAGCUGGCUCUGGCAGACUUCCUGGCAUCAAUAGCCUUAAUUGGCUCUACCAUAAUUAACUUUCUGUCUUAUGAAACAGCACACAAAAGUGGAGUAGUCUGCAAUGAUGGACUGUCUUUGUCACUGAUGUUCUUCUGUAUAUCUUUCCUGCUUGUCAUCAUUUACGCCUGUGAGUCAGCAUAUACUGCUCAAGGAUGGAGGGUGCAAACAGAGGAAGCGUGCAGGCAUCAGGUGACAGGGGCAAGAGAGGACCGAAGGUGGAUGUUUAAUAUUCUAUAUGUCUUUGUUUGGUUCAUACCCCUUAUCGGAUACAUAAUUUACAUCAGAACCAUCACUCUGACACAAGUGCCUUAUAUUCCAUCAUCUCCAGGAUCCAAUGAUGUCAGGAAUUAUGAUAGUGGCUCGACCAAUGCUAAGUUCUGCAACAGCUGCAUCCUCUUCCUGCACCUGCACAUUGAGAAUGAUUCCUGUCCUGCUGUGGAUUUGCGUCACCGGAAUAUCACUAGGGGUUUUAUCUUUGCAAGUGUGCUGGGUGUCCUCAUCUGCUGUACCCUGGUGUACUGGAGAUUGCAGAGCUGGUACAGGCAUUAUGAGCAGGCUGGCAUGUUCCAAGUCUCAACGAGACAUGCAGGCACUAUUUGUUCCUCAGCUCGCUACAUGAUCUUAGUCAUUAUCUUCUGCUGGACACCACCUCUCGUUGUGAUUUGUUUAUCAUUUGCUUGUUCUGAGACGGAUAGAAUGUUCCCUCUUUUUGUCAUGCAGGCUAUGUCUAUCUCACUACAGGGGUUCCUCAACAGCAUUGUGUAUGCCUGGAGACGGCGCAACUUCAGAGAAGCUGUGCUUGGAGAGAGACUGCCUCUGUUGUCUUAUACAAACCAAGCCUUCUUUGACCAGUCUCUGAGUGAGACGUGACAGGGAGGAAACAGCAGUCUGGAGGCAAUUCACACUGCUCACCCCAGACUUUAUAGCAGAAGAUUAUCACUGUGCAAACUAAACGCUAUUAGGAAGCAGUUAUAAAGAUGGAGCUGGAUUGAUUGUAUAAUUCAUGUUUGCCACUGGAAUAUUGUAGUACUUUGUUGUAUUUUUUACUUUACAUUGUAUUGCUUUGCUUCAUUUCUGUAUUGAUCUUCUUAUAUUUAUGGUCAUGAAGUGUUUGAAACCUGAUAUUACAUUUUAGCAUAAAAAUAUUUACAGUAGCAUAUCAUUCACAGACUACAUAGAAUGCAAAGGUGUGUUCUAAAAUUCAAAUACUAGCUAUUCCUUGAGCUGUUCACCACUUUUAGUGUAGUCCAGUGGACUGUAUGUUAAACCUUCAGUGUGUUCCAGAUUACAGUAUCAUGUCUCAGAAAAUCAGCACACAGCACUGUGUGACACAGGAUGUACUGUGAGUAAAAGAACAUGAUGCCAUAACAUGUCCACCAUCAGCGCAUAUAGAUCAUUGGUGUUGUAACUGAUUAUAUGUAGAAGUGCAUAAACAUAACUUUAAGCUUGGAAAAGGUUUUGCCAUUCAUUAUUGUUCUACAGAUUUUAUAUGGUUAUACAGAAGAUAAUUCUGACAUGGAUCAUUACUGCAUAUGUUAACAAAGGCCAGACAAUGACUGUAAUGAUUUGUUCCACCUGUUUGUUCAUGUACUUUGCCCAGACAUUAUA